AAAAAAAUAAAAAAGAAAUAUGAAAAGCAAAAUAUAUCGAUAUAAAAGUCGUCUCCCUCCACUGUGCGACGGCUUUCUCAAUUUCUCUCUCUAGAUCGCACCUCAAAACACAGUCUCUCUCUGCAUUGCUGGACAGAUAAAUUAUCAUUCAAGAGCAGGUGAAUUUAUAUAUAUUUUUUCUCCGGAUUAUCGUUUCUGUUGAGAUCUGUGAGUUGGUGGCCGUUGGAUCUGGAGAAUUGCUGGAUCUGAGGGCGUUCGUUCGGCCAUGGCGCUGUCGGGGAUGAGAGGAUUGUCGGUGUUCAUUAGCGAUGUUCGGAAUUGCCAGAAUAAGGAGCAGGAGCGUCUUCGUGUUGAUAAGGAGCUCGGCAAUAUUCGUACUCGCUUCAAGAAUGAAAAGGGUUUAACACCUUAUGAGAAGAAGAAAUAUGUCUGGAAAAUGCUUUAUAUCUAUAUGCUAGGUUACGAUGUUGAUUUUGGUCACAUGGAAGCUGUUUCUUUAAUAUCUGCUCCGAAGUAUCCUGAAAAGCAGGUUGGCUACAUAGUGACAUCGUGCCUUCUCAACGAGAAUCAUGAUUUUUUGAGAUUAGCAAUUAAUACUGUCCGCAAUGACAUUAUUGGUCGCAACGAGACUUUUCAGUGUCUUGCUCUGACAUUGGUUGGAAAUAUUGGUGGGAGAGAUUUUGCUGAAUCACUGGCCCCUGAUGUUCAAAAGUUACUUAUUUCCAGUAGUUGCAGACCGCUUGUGAGGAAGAAGGCUGCAUUAUGUCUCCUUCGUCUCUAUAGAAAAAAUCCUGAUGUGGUGAAUGUAGAUGGCUGGUCGGAUCGGAUGGCACAAUUGUUAGAUGAACGUGAUAUGGGCGUCUUGACUUCUUGUAUGAGCCUUCUAGUUGCUUUAGUGUCCAACAACCAUGACGCAUACUGGAGUUGCCUUCCAAAGUGUGUUAAAACAUUGGAAAGGCUUGCACGAAACCAAGAUGUUCCACAAGAAUACACUUACUAUGGUAUUCCAUCUCCCUGGCUUCAGGUCAAGACAAUGAGGGCUCUUCAGUAUUUUCCAGCAGUUGAAGAUCCAAAUACCAGAAGAUCAUUGUUCGAGGUUCUGCAGAGGAUUCUUAUGGGAACUGAUGUUGUUAAAAAUGUGAACAAGAAUAAUGCAUCACACGCUGUUCUUUUCGAAGCUCUUGCUCUUGUCAUGCAUCUUGACGCCGAAAAAGAAAUGAUGUCCCAGUGUGUUGCGUUGCUUGGUAAAUUUAUUGCUGUUCGUGAACCUAAUAUACGAUACCUUGGUCUGGAGAACAUGACUCGGAUGUUGAUGGUCACAGACGUACAGGAUAUUAUUAAAAGGCAUCAAGCUCAGAUCAUUACUUCCCUGAAGGAUCCUGAUAUCAGUAUCAGAAGACGUGCCCUUGAUUUGCUAUAUGGCAUGUGUGAUGUUUCAAAUGCAAAGGACAUAGUUGAAGAAUUAUUACAGUAUCUCAGCUCAGCCGACUUUGCAAUGCGAGAAGAAUUAUCACUCAAAGCUGCUAUUCUUGCAGAGAAGUUCGCGCCUGACUUGUCAUGGUAUGUGGAUGUGAUUCUUCAGUUGAUUGACAAGGCAGGGGAUUUUGUCAGUGAUGACAUUUGGUUUCGUGUGGUGCAAUUUGUUACAAACAACGAGGAUUUACAGCCUUAUGCAGCUCUGAAAGCCAGAGAGUAUCUUGAUAAGCCAGCUAUUCACGAGACCAUGGUGAAGGUGAGUGCAUAUAUCCUUGGAGAAUAUAGUCAUCUUCUAGCUAGACGGCCUGGGUGCAGUCCAAAGGAAAUUUUCAUUGUCAUACACGAAAAGCUUCCCACCGUUUCGACUUCAACAAUUCCUAUCCUUCUUUCUACUUAUGCAAAGAUUUUGAUGCACACUCAACCACCUGACCAGGACUUGCAAAGGCAAAUCUGGGCGAUAUUCAGCAAGUAUGAAAGUUGUAUUGAUGCUGAAAUACAGCAACGUGCUGUUGAAUAUCAUGCUUUGAGUAUGAAAGGUGCAGCUCUAAUGGAUAUACUUGCUGAAAUGCCGAAAUUCCCUGAGAGACAGUCUUUGUUGAUAAAAAAAGCUGAAGAUUCCGAGGCUGAUACUGCUGAGCAAAGUGCAAUCAAAUUGCGGACACAGCAGCAGACUUCUAAUGCUUUGGUAUUGACCGAUCAACGCCCUGCAAAUGGUACACCACAGGUGAACCAGCUUGGUCUUGUGAAGGUGCCUACCAUGAGUAAUGCGGAUCCAAGCACUGCUGAACAAGGGUUAACACAUGCAAAUGGAGCUUUGACUAUAGUCGAUCCUCAACCUCCUAGCACAACUUCUCCUGAUCUCCUUGGAGAUCUUUUAGGGACACUGGCUAUUGAAGGCCCACCAGGACCAGUUACUGCUCCACAAUCUGAUCCUAGGGUGGCUUCUGGUCUGGAGGGUGGUGUAGAUGCAUUAGCCAUUGCAACUGUCGAAGAUCAGACUAAUGCUGUCCAGCCGAUCGGUGAUAUUGCGGAAAGAUUUCAUGCUCUAUGCUUGAAGGAUAGUGGUGUCUUAUACGAGGAUCCCCAUAUUCAGAUUGGCAUAAAAGCUGACUGGCGAGCUCAUCAGGGUCGAGUUGUUCUUUUCUUGGGAAAUAAAAAUCUUGGUGCUCUCAGUUCAGUUCAAGCUUUGAUAUUGUCCCCAUCACAUCUGAAGAUAGAACUCUCAUUAGUACCUGAUAUUAUUCCUCCAAGGGCACAGGUUCAAUGUCCGCUUGAAAUAAUCAACCUUCACCCGAGCAGGGAUUCAGCCGUGCUGGACUUUUCGUACAAUUUUGGAACACAAUUGGUCAAUGUAAAGCUUCGACUUCCUGCUGUCUUAAACAAGUUUCUUCAGCCAAUUCCGAUUUCUGCAGAAGAAUUUUUCCCACAAUGGAGAUCACUCUCUGGUCCCCCAUUGAAGCUGCAAGAAGUGGUUAGAGGUGUAAGACCAAUGCUCCUUGCAGAAAUGGCUAACUUAUUUAACAGUCUGAACCUGAUGGUUUGCCCUGGGCUUGAUCCCAAUGCAAAUAAUUUGGUCGUGAGCACAACUUUCUACUCUGAAAACACACGGGCCAUGUUAUGUUUGAUAAGAAUAGAAACCGAUCCAGCUGAUAGAACACAGUUGCGGAUGACGAUUGCAUCUGGAGAUCCAACACUCACAUUUGAAUUGAAGGAGUUUGUUAAAGAACAAUUAAUCAGCAUUCCGAUUACUUCUCGGGUAGCUACACCACCUAUGGCGCCUCAAGGGCAGCCACUUAGUCCACCCACAGCACUACUAUCAUCAGAUCCUGGAGCUAUGCUUGCUGGUUUGCUUUGAAGUGGGGUAUUAUUAAAACAACUUUUUUCAUCGAUAAAAAACUUUGUUUAAGAAUGUUCAUAAAGCAGAGCUGCCCGACUAUCCCGGUUUGUCAGUAAUGAAUACGAAGCAAGGGCUGGCGGGAGUAAAAAGGGCCAAACGUGUAUUUAAUCGGCUUAGCAUUAGAGUUUGAAUACUUGGGAGGUUGGUUAUCAAUUUUUGAUAUUAUUCUUUCUAGCACAAUUUGUUGCCCUGGUUCGACGUUUCUUUCUUCUUUCUGUCGAAGGGUUUAUUAUUGUGAUAUUUUUCUUUCUUUUGUAGUGUUGUCAUUUUUAUCAUCUUCUAGUCAGGUUUUGGUUUCUAUUGGUUUUUGUAAUACGGAAAAACUGCACGAAAGUUGCACCCUUUGUAACUAGUACAUUUGUUUGUCAGUGGAUGUGUAAUUUUACUAGCAAUAUUGGUUGCCCUUUGUA